GUAAGCCCUAAACCCUAGCCAGCUCCUUCACUACGAUCCAGAUUCCGAUGGUCGCUACCGAGCAACCUCUUCGUCAGUCGUUCCCGGAGAAAUCCUCGGUCGUCGACGUCCAGGGAAACACCGUCGAACCCCUCAAGGUUGAGAAAUCGUCGGCUGUCGAGUCCCCCCUCAGCUCCGGAAACGGUUCACAUAACCCUGAAGCUUUCCGACAAGCCUUGAACAAGGUUCUCUACGGGCGUUCCUUCUACAUCCCUUCUUUCGAUAUACACCGUGGCGUCUCCGGACUUUUCGAUUACGGUCCUCCUGGAUUCAAUGUUAAAUCAAAUAUUCUGAAAUUAUGGCGUGAACAUUUUGUUCGUGAGGAGAAGAUGCUGGAAAUUGAAUGCACAUGUGUGACACCAGAGGUUGUUCUCAAGGCAUCUGGUCAUGUUGAUAAGUUCACUGAUGUCAUGGUCAAGGAUGUGACUACUGGAGCACCUUACCGUGCCGACCACUUGGUCAAAGAUUAUUGCAACGAGAAGCUGGAGAAAGAUGUUACCAUCUCUGCUGAAAAAGCUGCUGAAUUGAAGGAUCUUCUCGUUGUUUUGGAAAAUUUCUCCAUUGAAGAUCUUGGUAUGAAGAUUAAAGAGUAUGGGAUCACUGCUCCAGACACUAAGAAUCCACUCUCUGAUCCUUACCCGUUCAACUUGAUGUUUAAAACAUCCAUAGGCCCGUCUGGUCAGCAUACUGGUUACAUGCGUCCUGAAACGGCACAAGGCAUUUUUUGCAACUUUAAUGAGUUGUAUAGAUAUAAUGGGAAGAAACUUCCCUUUGCUGCGGUUCAAGUUGGUCAAGCCUUCAGGAACGAGAUAUCUCCACGUCAAGGGCCUCUUAGAGUUCGUGAAUUCACUCUGGCAGAAAUUGAGCACUUUGUCCACCCUGAGAAUAAGUCACAUCCUAAAUUCUCACGUGUAGCAAAACUGGAAUUCCUUAUGUUUCCAAGAGAGGAGCAAGUGUCUGGCCAAUCUGCAAAAAAACUUUGCCUUGGCGAAGCUGUUGCCAAGGGAACUGUGAACAACGAAACUCUAGGCUACUUCAUUGGGAGAGUGUAUCUUUUCCUUACCCGUCUUGGCAUAGACAAGGAUCGGUUGCGUUUCCGCCAGCAUCUAGCAAAUGAAAUGGCCCACUAUGCAGUAGAUUGCUGGGAUGCUGAAAUUGAGACUUCAUAUGGGUGGAUUGAAUGUGUUGGUAUUGCAGAUAGGGCUGCAUACGACUUACUUGCUCAUUCCGAAAAAACUGGCGUUGCUCUUGUAGCUGAAGAGAAAUAUGCACAACCUAAAGAACUAGAGAAACUUGUGAUAACUCCUGUGACGAAAGAACUGGGUCCUGCAUUCAAGGGAAAUCAAAAGAAUGUGGUUGAAGCUUUGGAGGCGAUGAAUGAGGAAGAAGCUAUGAAGAUGAAGGCAACCUUGGAAUCUAAAGGGGAAGUGGAGUAUUACGUGUGUACCCUUGAGAAAAACGUGACCAUCAAGAAGAAUAUGGUGUCAAUCUCAAAGGAGAAGAAGAAAGUGUACCAGGGGUCUUUCACUCCGUCAGUGAUUGAACCAUCGUUUGGGAUUGGUCGGAUCGUGUAUUGUCUGUGCGAGCAUUGUUUCAGCACAAUGCCAAGCAAAGCAGGGGAUGAACAGUUGAACGUGUUCCGUUUCCCUCCUCUUGUUGCUCCCAAGAUGUGCAUGGUUUUCCCGCUUGUGAAAAACCAACAAUUCGAGGAGACAACCAGAGUCAUUUCCGAGGAACUCACUUCUUGUCGCAUCGAUCACGAUAUUGACAUCAAAGGUAUAUCGAUAGGUAAGAGAUACGUGAAAUCUGAUGAGCUUGGAGUGCCAUUUGCAAUAACAGUGGACUCAGAAACAUCAGUAACAAUCAGAGAAAGAGACAGCAAAGAUCAAGUCCGAGUCAGCUUGAAAGAGGCAGCUUCCGUCUUGACCUCCAUGGCUGAGGAGAAGAUGACAUGGCAAGACGUCUGGGCAAGCUUCCCGCACCACUCUUCUCACUCUUCUCCUGCUGCAGACGAGUAGCUAGCUCUUUCAAUCACCAUGGCCUAAAUUAUGAAGGUCUUUCUUGUUAAUGAGAUUUAUCUUUAAACAAUUAACCAUCCUUGUCGAUAUAUAGCUAUAUACUAUGGCUCAUAGGAAUCUUUACCUACAUCUCUUUGUCUCUUAAAACUUUUCUAGCUUUAACAAUGGCUUAGUGUAAUCUGGUGUCACAACUUUAGUGUCUUUUUCUUUGAAGUGUAACAAAAAAAAGCUCGAUACCAGAUUUGUAAAACAGAAUUGGUUAUCAGUUAAUCAAUGUUUCUAUUAGAG